AUGGCAAUCUCGACCUCUCGAAAGCCAGUCCCUAGACCAGCUGGAGGUUGCCGUCAGUCAUGGAGGGAACAAGGUACUUCUGCCGACGGAUAUAGCCCUACGACAACUUACACUAGCAAACACAUUCAACUUUGCCUUUUUGAUCCUCAAGUGUACGAAUCUCUCACCCAUUUGACACUCUACACUCGCUCGUGGCUGGCGGUUAACGCAAUGAUUCCUCCAUUUCCUUCCUUGACGCACCUGUAUCUGUGCGUGAAUCCUCUAGAGGUGGAAAGGUUGUAUGCUCCUCGGCUUCAGUAUCUCAGCAUCGAAGGGCUUUUGCUACAGCCUACGGUACAUGGCAGACCGUUCAUUUUAAAGGGUCUAACGCCCAAGAUACUCUACAUCGACAGGAGCUGUACCGAAGCACAGUUGGUGCAGAUUUUGAUGCAGCUGUCAUCACGGCUGGAGGAGGUACAGAUUACAUCAACGAGACCUGAACAUGUCAUCAACGACAAGCUCACCCAAUUCCUCACCGGAGGGUCCCAAAUGAAACCAGGAAUUCCGUUUUUGAAACGGCUCCUCCUCUCUUCCAAAGCUCCCGCAAAUCCGGCACGCAAGAACGCGAUCCUCGUGAAUCUGCAUAGAGUUCGUCAAGCUCUUGCGGUUCAAACAAAGCUCGAGCGAAUCGAUUAUGGCGUAUACAUCGCUUACGACAAGACACGAGUCGCUCUUCCGCACGAGCGGCGAGAUUGGCCCGUCGAGUGGAUACGAGUGUGGUCGCGAGAGGCAAGCGUUGACUAG